CGAAAAUUUUAUUUAUUGGCCAAGAGCGACAAAAAUGGCGGCAUGUCGUCAGUGUCGUGCAGUGUCGAGCACGACUCUACCUUAGACAAAAUUGAAUAAAAAAUUUUAACAGAAUUUAGAAACGUCUGCUCGAACACAAAGAAAGCACGCACUGUAGCACAUCUGAGGAACUUUCCAUUUGGCUUUUAUAUUAAUAACUAUAAAAAUUUGUUUGGCUAAUUUACCAUAAGAUUAAAUGACAAAUAAUUAAUAUCCACUGUUCUGGAAAUCAACCAGAAGGAUUUUUAAGAGCUCUUUCAUUAUAAUUUGAAUAAGUGAUACCAACAAUGGCAAGUCCUCAGUGGAAGAAUUUCCAGCCGUCACUACAAGACAGUGCAAUACAUGCCUACCAGUGCUCUUCUUUUAGUCAAACAUCAAAUAAUGGAAACAACAACAUCAAUAAGAACUCAUCGCCUCCAUCAGGAACAUCAAGUGGAUUACGUGAAGCGGGAAUUGUUGAAAAACUUUUGCAUUCAUAUGGCUUUAUUCAAUGUUGUGAACGACAAGCUAGAUUAUUCUUCCAUUAUAGCCAGUUUUCUGGAAAUAUUGAACAUUUGAAGCUGGGAGACCCAGUUGAAUUUGAGAUGACUUAUGAUAGACGUACAGGAAAACCAAUUGCUAGUGCUGUGGUUAAAAUUUCAACAGAAGCUUUAUCUGAUGAAGUUCUUAGUUCAGAACGUGUAUCUGGAUUUGUUACGACUGAAGUUAAGGAUGGUGCUGAGGGACGGGUUGCCUAUGAAAGUCGUGGUGAAUGUUUCUUUCUUCCUUAUACAAAAGAUGAUUUAGAAAGAUCUGAUACUCAUCUAAAUCCAGGAGAUAAAGUGACAUUUCAAAUUGCUACUGAUAAAUGUUCUGGAAAUUUGAGGGCAAGAAACAUUGUUCUUGAAAUAGCUCAACCAAGAAGAUAUCAGGGUGUAAUUUGUGGUUUAAAAGAAACGUUUGGUUUUAUAGAAAGAGCUGAUGUUGUUAAAGAGAUAUUUUUUCACUCAAGUGAAUGUAAAGAUUUUAAAAACCUAAAUUUGGGUGAUGAUGUAGAAUUCACUAUACAAAUAAGGAAUAAUAAAGAAGUGGCAAUAAAUAUUGUCCAUUUGCCAUUAGGAACUGUUGUAUUUGAUGAUGUCUCUAAAGAAACAGUAAUGGGUCAUGUUAUUAAGAUGUUUGAUAAAUUACAAACAAGACAUCCUGAACCUAUGUCUGGAAAAAUUCGGUAUCGUCGUGAUAGCAGGGAAAUGGAAAUUUCUUUUGGUGAAAAAGACACAAAAGGUGAUUUUACCCUUCAAGUUGGAGAUUGGGUUCAGUUUAACAUAGCUACUGAUCGUCGUGAUAAACUUCAACAUGCCACAAAUAUUGAUUUAUUAGAUGAAAGUUUUCUUGUGUCAGGAGAGAUGAGAGAACAGGGUGUAAUUGUUGCAAUGAAAGAAAAUUAUGGUUUUAUAAAAUGUGAGCAUAAAGAUUCAAGAGUUUACUUUCGAACAUCAGAACUUUUGGAUUCCACUCAAACACUCAAUGUCCAAGAUGAAGUAGAAUUUACAGUAAUGCAGGAAUGUUCAUCAAAUCAUCGCUUCCAAGCAAUCAGAAUCCGUAAAUUGCCCCCAGGAUCUGUAAAAAAUAAUUCAGGAAGUAAUUCUAAAAACCAUUUGUCUGAAAGACUUUGUGGAAUAAUAGAAAAAGAAGCAAAUAUUCAAGAUAUGAAAUCUAAUGAUAGGAAAAGUUGUUCAGGAGAGAAUGAAUUCAACUUUUGUUGUAAUGGUGAUUGCAAUAAUGAAGGAAUUAUAGUUUAUAAUGAGCAAAAUAAAAAGAAACAUAUUCAUUAUCAUUUGAAAGAUUGUGAUUAUCAGUGUCAACCUCAUUUAGGAGAUAAAGUUGAAUUCACUUUGACAUCAUUUAAUGCAAAUCAGGUAGCAACUGAUAUAAAGAUUAUUGACAGAAAUAGUAUGAAUGGGUAUAAGUGUACUCAUCGAGGGUUUAUAGCCGCACUGAAGGAUGGUUUUGGUUUUAUUGAAACUGAAGAUCAUGAUCGAGAAAUAUUUUUUCAUUGCAGUGUAUUUGAGGGUAACAUUAAUUCAUUGGAGAUUGGCCAAGAAGUAGAAUACUCAUUAUUAUGCAAAGGAUCAAAAUUAAGUGCUGACAAUGUUCGUAAGUUGUCAACAGGAACUAUUCCAAAUGAAGAAGUAUUACCAGAAGUAUUAAAUGGGAUCAUCAUACGUCCAGUACGUUGCUUUAAUCCAGAGCAAGAUGAAUAUUGUGGCUUAAUACAAGUGACGGUUGAUGAAAACAUGGAGGAAGGUCCUAAAUAUCCAUUUGGUAUCACUAGUCUUGCUGACAAACAUGAAUUUUUACAGAAAGGGGAUGUGGUUCAGUUUCAGAUAGGAAUAGUAAAAAGUACUGGACAGCAUCGUGCUGUUAAUAUCCGUGCCAUAAGAACUUACUUCCAGGCAACUGUAGAAACAAUAAAAGGAAAUUUUGGAUUUUUGUCUCACGAAGCAGAAGAAGGAAAGAAAUUAUUCUUUCACAUGUCUGAAGUGAAGGGUGGUGUUUCUCUUCAGCCAGGAGACAAAGUAGAAUUUGUGGUAGUACAUCAUCAGCGAACUGGAAAAUAUUCAGCUUGUAGAGUAGUCAAAAUAGGAGAGAGUCAACCCGCCCAAAGACCAGAACGUUUAAUCAGUCGUCUCCGCAGCAUUUCUAACAAUGGUAAUCAUCCACGUGUAGUGGCUGUGAGGUUACCCAAGGGACCAGAUGGUACAAAUGGCUUCAAGACACCCAGAUGCAUAGGAAUUAUAGAGAAUGAUAAUCAGUUAUGCGAAAAUACAUUUCACAAAUCAGAACUUACAGACAUAGAAAUUGAGUCGCAGUAAUAUUAUAAAUAAAAAGUUUUCUUUGUUAUCUCUUUAUUCUGAUAAAAUUAAAAAAGUCGGCUCACUUAGUUGCCCUGGGAGCCCAACUGACAUAAUGGAAUGUAAUAUUCUCGCUUGAAAGUUCAUUCAAUCAUGUAAAUGUGAGAAUUUUUUUUCCCUAUUCCCAACAAUGAUCUCUUCUUACAAACAUAUUUUAAUUCAUGCUAAUUCCACAUUUGUUAUGACUGUGCAUUUCUUUUUUAUUUGAAAUUUCUUCUGUGAAAUUCAGUUUUUUAAUCUAUCAUGUUUAAAAAAUUUUUUUAAAAAUCAGCGAAGAAAACAAAAUGCUAUUGUUAAGCUGCAAUUUGCCAUAACUUUAGUCAAUAUAAACACAUGCAAAUAUAUAUAUUAACAUAUAUAUUAUUUUUUUUCCUGCAGUAAUUUUUAACAAAAACCUUUUAAACAAAAUUGUUUAAGAUAAAUUGAUAUUGUGAUAACAAAAAUAAUUUCCUCUUCUCUUGGUAACAAGAGUUAGAUACCCGUAGGCAAGUGUUGCACAUGAUUAAAGUUUUAACUUUCAACAGUUUCUUCUAUAGUGUAAGUUAAGUGCACAUAUGAUUUAAAUUUCAGAUUAAUGGUUUGAAAUUAUUGCACAUAGAGCAGUUAUCAUCAUAAUUAUUUCUCUUCAGAUGUUUCAUUAUUUUAUUUUAUAUUUAUUUUUUUGCUUUGAAACAUUUUUUUUUCUUAAGCAAUUUAUUGUGUCUUAGUCAGUACUAUAGUACAAAGAUUUCCAUUAAAUUGGAAGAAAAAAAUAAAAAAAAACUAUAUUAAAUUAGCUUAUUACUAGUCACCGUUACGUCUUGUAACAAAGACAUGUUGCCAAGUACGUGACACCACAGAAGAAGCUGUUGAUAGUAAUCAAAGAAACUUGACAUUCAUUGUGAUAAAUGCAGACAAUUUCUGCCUAUCUUGAAGAUUCCCAAAAAAAAAUAUAUAAAAAAAUAAAAAAAAAACUAAAUAUAAAUAAAUAUAUAUAUAUAUAUAUAACUUAA